AUGGGAAGUUUUAUCUUUGCUUUCUUCACUGUUGCUCUAUGGAUAUGGUUCGUCCCACUUUUAAUGCUGCUAUCAAUUCUAUUCUUCAUUCAGAAGGGUAAACAAGUGCUUAUGUCACUGAGAAUAGUGCUUAAACUUGGGUUUUUUGAGACCAAGCUGAGCAAGGAGGAAUGGAAGUACCUUUAUAAUAAAUACUUAUAAGAAACUUACUACCCCUAGCUUGAUACUGCUAAUUACGGAUUUGCUAUCCUUAGUGAAGAUGGCAUAUACUUAGAUAACUACAAGAGAAAUGAAUCUGUCCUUAAUUAUCAACUCUACGAUCAUGCUGUGCUAAUGCACGCAAACAUAAGCGAUUUGAGAGGUAAAACUCUAAUGGAUGUCAGUUGUGGCAGAGGAGGUGGACUUAGACACCUGAUUGAAGAGUUCAAUCCUAGCAUCGCUUAUGGAGUCGAUAUUAGUCAGGAAAGUUUAAAUUUCAGUGAGAAACUGAUCGGGAGUCAGCACAAAACUAAAAUCGAGUACAUAUAAGCUGAUGCAGAAAAACUCAUGAGUGUUCAAUAGUUAUCAGAGUCAUCUGUAGAUGUUCUGAUAAACAUUCAGAGUUCGCAUUGCUACGACGACUUGAGAAAGUUCUUCGAGGGCGUGAAAUAUUUGCUUAAAGAAGAUGGGGUAUUCAUCUAUGCAGAUUUCAGACAGACUGAUCAAUACUAGAUCAUAGACAGCCUAAUAAAUGAGAACUUUGAUGUUUUAAAGUAUGAAGACAUAAGAAGAAAUGUCUUCCAUGCUAUGCAACUCCAAAGCCAAUUCAAGACUGAAUAAAUACUUUAAGAGUCGAGUUGGUACUUAUAACUAUUCCUUCCAUUCUAUUUAGGACUCGAGGGAACAAAGAUGUACAGAGAUUUUGAAAAAGGGAAUAAGACCUACUAUCUAUAUACUUUAAGGAAAAAAAGAGAUUAAUCAUGA